AAAUCCUGAUUCCGAAGAUCGCUGGAUGUCUGGCGCAAAACACAAUUAGAAAGAUAGCUAUUAAUUGUGGAGCCAAACAUCCAGAACUACAUCAACUAGAUUUAGGAAACAAAUUGCCACGACUCUGCAAUUAUUAGCCCUCGAUGAUGACGAAAUGGAACAAAUCACCACUUUUAUGGGACAUACAAAGAAGACACAUACCGAGUUUUACAGGUAAUGUCAACUUAAAGAGUAUGCAUGCACUGUUAAUUUUGGUUAGGAUUUUUUUAAACUUUUUAUGCUUGAUAUGAUAUAUCAUACAUAAUGUAAUAGAAUUAGCAACAGUGGUUAAGUUUCGAAAAGUUUACUUUAAAGGUAUCUCGUACACAAAAUAUUUCAAAAAGCUUUCUGUGAAAAAUAGUUAAAACCGGGUUUUAAUUGUUCCUUGUCCGAACUUAGCAAAACGCGUGUUGAGUCUAAAUUUGUUUAAUGAAUAAACAUUUCUUUUUAAAAUUUACCAGCAUAUUUUCUUUCAGCCUUUCCGAUAUAUUUGAAUGCGAUAUAUGAAAAAUCGUUAUUUCCCCUUUAAUAUUCGAAAAUCGUUGUUAGAAUGUAUGCUUCAUAAAUCCGUAUUUAAAAUAAAUUAUUGAUCUAUUAUACUCUCACUGUUUCCGAUAAGGUCAAUUCGAUGGAUACUUAAACCAUGUAUCUACGUAGACAUUUAAAUCGUUUUAAAAUUAAUAAAAUACUUUUAGACUACCGCAAGAUAUCUACCAGACUGCUAAAGUAGCCAAGAUUCUUUUACUUAUGGAAAAAGGCAAGGGAAAUCGGUACCGAGGAAAAAAAAUUAAGUGAAAUCAAUAUAGAUGAUAACGAAUACUAUAGCUCUGAAUACGAAGGCGAUGAAGAACCGAUUAUGCAGAAGGUGCUAAAGCGGGUUACAAGGGGAAAAAAACCUGAAGACGAAUUAGAUACUGGAGAUUCUGACAGAUAUGUGCAUCAGUCAACGGAACGUGAUCAACAUAAUGAAAACACAUUAUCAAGAAAUUAUUUUAAAAAGGCGACUAGUCCGUUUCACGAAUCUAACGAAGAAAAUAGUGAAGAACCACCAACAAAAAAAACUAAAGAAUCAUCCACGAAAUCCAUCCAGAGAUUCAGAGCCAAAUGGUCAGAUAAUGAAAAACAAGUUUUACUUCAGUACUUUGAAAAACAUAUUGAAAAAAAAAUUACCCCUCGGAAACAUGAAUGUGACGAACUACUGAAACUACAUCCACACGUGUUCGAAAAUAAGGACUGGGUCCGAAUAAAAACAUAUGUGUAUAAUACAUUCCGUGAAAGGAAGUGAUUGCUUAUUUUUAUUUUUACUGAACCACAUACUCGUAAUAGAUUAUUUUUAGUUCCAAUAAAUUACUUUUAAAUAA